AUGGGUCAAGGAGGUGGCCACUCUGGUUACCGUCAAGAAGAACGUCGUCCAGCUGAUCGUGGUUAUGAUGAUAGUCGUUCUGCUGAUCGUGGUCACAAUGAUCGUCAUCCAGCUGACCAAUACAAUUCUGGACCACGGAACGAGAGAGAGCAACCAAGACCAUAUUCUCAGAAUCACCAAGGAAGUUAUGGAAGCCAUGAUAACUACAACAAGUAUCCUCCUCGUGAUAAUAAUCAAGGAUCUUCUCCAAGAUCAUUCCAAAAUGACCGUUCGAAUAAUUCUGGAAUGAAUAGCUAUCGUAGCGAAGAUUCGCGAUCCAACUAUCAACAUGGAAAUGAUAAUCGUCGUGGCCACAACGAUAAUGGAUUCUCUACUUCAGGAGGACGUGGUUUUCACAAUGACUCUGGUUUUGGACAUGGAGAACGAAACAACGGUCCUCAGAGAUAUCAAGGCGAUGGGAACUACAAUGCGAAUGAAAGAAACAGCUCAUUCCGAAACGAUAAUGGUUUCGGUUCUGGUAGCAGAGAUAACUCAAAUCGCGGAAAGUUCCAGAAUGACGGUGGAUACCCUGAGACCGAGGGAGGACAUACUGGAACUGAGAACAAGGAGCCCGAGCGAGCACCUCGUGAUUGGGUUCCAAUGAAACGUGAUGUCGAGGAAAUGAUGGACGAUACUGCUCAGAAGGUCGAGGAAUGCCAAGUGUCCCAAGAUCAAGCGGUAGAAAUUCGCAACUCGGAUAUUGACACACGUCUAACAUCUUGGGCGAAUUCGGGACUCCACGAGAAGAUCUUGAGAAACUUGGAGCGUCUUAAAUACACUCAAGUCAGAACUAUUCAAGCCGCCAUGAUUCCACAAAUUCUUGCCGGGUAUGAUGUGAUUGGUCAAGCUGAAACCAGUGCCGGUAAAACUGCGGCAUUUGGAUUGCCGAUUGUGAACAAGAUAUUGCAUUUGGGUGAAGCCGCAUACAAUUCUUCAUUCGAAAACGCAGCCCCGUUUGCCUUGAUCCUGUCACCAACAAGAGAGCUCGCGUCUCAAAUUUACGAUUCACUACGUCUUUUCUCUAGAGACACCGGAAUCAAAGUUUGUCUCUCAUACGGACAACAAUCUCGCUCGAAUUCACUUGAGGAAAUUCGAAAUGGUUGUCAUGUUUUGGUCGGAACAUGUGGACGUAUUAUGGAUUUGGUCGAGAAAGGUGACAUCAGCAUGACCGAACUCAGAUUUUUAGUCCUGGACGAAGCCGACCGUCUUCUUCAAGAGGCCAGCAGAGAUCCAUCGGUCACAUGUCACGAAUUCUGGCCGACAGGGAAUUCAAAAGAACUUCGGAGACGUGGCAGACCAUCAUGA